AUGUGGCUUAUUGACACAGAUAGCCUCAAACUCGUCGAGGUGCAGGGCGACCCCCAGGAGGAGUAUGCGAUAUUGUCUCACACCUGGGGCAGCGACGAAGUCACGUUCCAAAGCUUCCAAGCCCUCGGUUUGGCCUCGGACACGGCACCCGGUCCGGGGUCGGGCUCCGCGGAUGCGGCCGACCAGAUCCGCUCCACCAACGGCUUCCGCAAGAUACGAGAUGCAGCAAAUCUGGCCAAGAGGCAUCGUCACCGCUUCCUCUGGGCCGAUACGUGCUGCAUAGACAAGACUAGCAGCGCCGAGUUGUCGGAAUCCAUCAACUCCAUGUACCGUUGGUACGAGAAGGCCGCCAUCUGUUACGCUUUCCUCUCUGACGUGGAACCUGUUUCCGGGCAGAGCCCGUUUGCCAAGGAUUCGAGUUUUCAGAAUAGCCGAUGGUUUACUCGAGGAUGGACGCUGCAGGAACUCAUCGCGCCAAAGACUGUUGAGUUUUAUGCUGGGGACUGGUCUUACAUCAACACGAAGCAGUCGAGAAAAAAUUUUUGCCAACUGCUUGCUAGAAUUACUGGCAUUGACGAGCAGGUGCUCUCUGGGACAUCUUUCUUGAGCGACAUCAGCGUUGCAAAUAAGAUGCGAUGGGCUGGACAUCGGCAGACGACACGCCCGGAAGACAAAGCAUACUGUUUGAUAGGAUUGUUCAAGGUGAACAUGCCCCUGCUCUACGGCGAAGGUGACAGAGCUUUCACCCGUCUACAAGAAGAGAUUCUCAAAGAGAGCGAUGACCAGUCCUUAUUUCUCUGGGGGAUGCCGGCGGACACUCAGCCCGACUCGGACGACUUGUUUGGCUUGCUUGCGCGUUCGCCAAGCUCGUUCUCAAUGGUAGAUUUUGACCAUGUUCGACCUCUGCCUCCGUCAGAAUCCCAAGAUAGUGCGCCAACCAGUGUCACUAAUCAAGGGCUCAGAACAAAUAUACUUCUCAUCCCACGACAGACAGAUGGCGAUGAGUACUACGCUCUUUUGGACUGCAUUGUCUCUAAACCUGAAUUUGUCACCGAGGAACUGAGCCCUUGCAUCAUUCUUCAACGCCUUUGGAGUGACCAGUUUGCAAGGGUUGCUUCUGAAGAGGGCUCCGUAAUUCUUUUCCCUCUAGACCACUUCGAUGACACUGAGGGAACUUACGAGAACAUCUACGUCAAGGAGAAUCCGUUCUACGCUCUUCCUGAACUGAGUGUCAGGACAAGGCUUCGGCCCAGCUCGAAGGAUUCUGUUUCACACUUGGCCUUCACCAUUCACGAAGCAUAUCCUCCGGAAAGAUGGGAUACCACUCUGUCCGUAAUUCGGACCAAAGAACCACAGUCGAAUCGCGCAAUGGUCGUUUUGCGUUUCAUGUCGCUUGAGCAGAGUCAGCGAUCAGUUGUAGACGUUGCCAUUGGGCUCCGUCGAGUCCGGAGACGGUGGGAAGUCUGUUAUGAGAAGCACCCUUACACCGGUAACAGCCUCGAGUCUGUCUAUCUGGAGUUUCCGCAAAUUGCCACUGCUUCGGAAGGCGGUGCAGCGUACCAAAACUCCAAAGGCUUGGGGUUCAUCACUAUCGACGCCAAAGAGUCCCAAAGAAGAGGCCGACGUUUCAUCCAGUUGGAGGUUUCUGGUACAUCUGAACUUCUCUUUGCUCCAAGUGAUGAGGGUACUCUACCAAGUACAACUGGAAGGAUAGUAGAGCCGCCAGAACCUGUGGUAAUGUUUGACGAGGUCGGCGCCGUCACACGCUGUUGUUGCUACCAAGACAGGUUUACCCUCAUGCUUUCUCCGACACUUUCCAUACAGGGAGGGGUGAGAACAAAGAUGGAAGUCAACAUCGCUGUUCGAUUCGGAAAUGAGCUUCACGCUGUCAAGAUUGAGCAAAGCAAGCCGUACGCCGAUUUGAUUCGGGCUGUUCGGGCGCGAAAUGAUAGGGACGUCCAGGCUCUCGUGAAACAAAGAAGAGGUAUUCUCGAGCUGCAGACAGAAGAGUUUGACAAUUUCAGAGCUAUCCACUGGGCCGCAACUCUUGGUUCACUGUCGAUGCUCAAGACGUUGAUGAAGCUACGUGUGGAUACCACAAGCCGAACCCGAAGUGGUUUUAUGGCUGUCCAUCUCGCAGUACUUAACGGGCACUUCAACCUUGCUGCAUAUCUGUUAGAGGAAGAGAGAGAGUCAAAUCUCAAGAAACGACCUGAUAUCCUACAAGGGAUCACAACAGAGGUCUUGCAAGCGGAUGACGAGAUCGAGUUUUACUCUGGAACAGACCCCGACAUUCUACACAAGUUCACAACCAAAAGACUCGAGACGAUUCUUCAUCUCUUCUCCGCCUAUGCGCCUACCGGACUGGCAAAUCACAGAAUACGGAAGAUUAUUGACCUGAUCAAAGAGGACUUCCUCGGUUCACACUCGUUCCCACACAUCAACGACCUGGGCGAACUUCCACUCCAUCGGGCAGCAGCCACCGGCAACAUGCAAGCGGUAGAUGCACUGACCAAAAUGAUGGGCACGACCAAGCACAUUGACGCCAGAGACAAUGCCGGACGAUCUGUGCUCUUCCACGCUGCGUGCGGUGGCAACAAGGAGGUUAUCCGCGGCCUCGCCGACCUGGGUGCCUCGAUAGACGUCGGCGACGAUUACGGUCGCAGCCCGUUACACGCCGCCGUCAUGGCCGACCAACCAUCAGCUGCCAACGCGCUUCUCAAAUUGGGGGCGAAAGCGGACAAUGUCACCCAUGCACUCGGUUUGACCCCCUUGCAUUUCGCAUGUCUUUAUGGAUCUAUCGGCUGCACCUACGAGCUCCUGAAGAGUGACGGGUCAGGACCAGCGGACUUCAAUUGGUGGUCAAGCGGCGAAUACGUUUUCUUCCAGCCGAUACAUCUGGCUGUGGCUAAUGACCACAUUGAGAUUGUGACUCGGCUUGUGAUGCUGGGAUGCGACCUAGAAGGCCGGUGCAACGGGUAUCUGAAGCUUGAGAAAACUGAUGUUCCCGACGGCCGAGUGGGCAGAUUGGUAAGGCUAGAUUCACCGUUGACAGCUCUCGAUCUAGCCAUUGUUCUUGGCAAGAAGGAUAUGCUGCCAGAGCUACAGCAGACCAAUGCUGCUCGACGGUACGAGUAG